CUACAGACAUGGAGACGCAAGCUGACUGAAUUGUAUGUUUCCAUCGCUGAGAGAGGACAGCAUCGCUGCGAAACACACUCGCUGCGCUGUACAGAGGUUUUUUCUUGAAGGGGUGAAAUGACGGUCCGCAGCAUAUGAGUGUGGAGAUGUGAAGCUCUCGGAGAGCGGUUUGCUGCGAACAUGGGCGGCGUUUCCGUCUGUGUGUGUACAGAGGAAAGAAAACGCGUUCAUAUGGAGCGAGAGAGGUCUGGGGCUCCGUGCAGACUCAGGAAACAAGUCGACUGCAUGCACGAAUCCCCCUUCACUUAUAAUUAACCAUCGAUUAAAGCAAACACUUUAUGUAAAUUAUCCGCUCGCCUUUCCGCAAAUGUCGCUGGGAUGCAUCCGGAGCUAAGCGAUCCAUGAGCCCGGGCAGCGAUCCUCUCCUCCUGGGCUGGAGAAGGGACAGCAGGUCGGACCAGGCUCGGGUGUUGCAGGACUUAUGAAAAGGUUAUCUUUUGAGGGAACCGCCUGGGAUCAAACACGAUGUGGAGACAAAUCGUGGAUCAAAACGACCCCUUCACUAUCACCUCAAGUUCCCUGACGCUGGCUGGGAUGAUGGGACACGAGAUACGGGUUACCGACUUCUAAAUGCCCCGCCUCCUUUUAGGGCAGAUAGAGGCACCAAAACACUCUGACCUCCACCUGUGUCCACCGACAUGGAUAAACUCACCGUGAUAUCAGGAUGUCUCUUCCUCGCUGCAGACAUCUUCGCUAUCGCCAGCAUCGCCAACCCGGACUGGAUCAGCACCGGGGACUCAGCUGGCUCUCUCACUGUGGGUCUGAUCCGGCAAUGCCAGACCAUCCACGGCCGAGACCGAACCUGCAUGCCCCCGCAGCUGCCCCCAGAGUGGAUCAUCACGCUCUUCUUCAUCAUCCUGGGCAUCAUCUCCCUCACUGUCACCUGUGGUCUGCUGGUGAUGUCAAGCUGGCGCCGCGAGGCCGCCCGAUACGCCCGAUGGAUCGCCUUCACAGGGAUGGUUCUGUUCUGUAUGGCUGCUCUCAUAUUCCCAAUCGGCUUCUACAUCAACGAGGUUGGAGGACAGCCGUAUAAGCUCCCCAACAACACAGUGGUGGGCUCCUCCUAUGUACUCUUUGUCCUGUCCAUAUUCUUCACCAUAGUGGGACUGCUGUUUGCUGGGAAGGUAUGCCUGCCCGGCUGACAUACCCUCCUUCUCUCUUUGUACCUUUGGAGAAACGCCCCCAUUGAAGGCAACUUUUGUUAGAAUUGUCUCUUCUGUGGCAGUGUUGGAAAUAUCAUUGAAGUAGAACAAAACUGAGAAGCACCUGUUUGUGUUUUUCCUCUUGGAUGAACUGUCACUCGUAACUGCAGCCGAAAUCAUUGCGUCCAUCUUUUUGUUCAGGGACUGAGUAAUCGCAGAGAGCUCUGAAAUGGCCCUCGCCAUUAUCUGGUCUGAAGGAUGCGUGUACAGUGGUGAAAAAACCACGAUGCAAACAGAUUAAAACAUCAGGACUUAUCUGCCAUUUUAAGUUGAAAAAGAAUGACAGAUGCCCUUCUCAUCCACGAUGCACAUAUUGAGAUUACACUGUCAGGCCUGAUACUGGCCAAGCAAAGCACCAAAUAUCGGCCAGUCACUUCUAAUAUGAUGGAGGUCCUUCCCUGACCGCAGCUAUAUGGAACAAUCUGUAAUAUAUACAAUGAAGUUUCACUUUUUUGGGCACAUUUUAUUUAUUUCUUAAGGUAUUUUGUAUUUAAAUGUAUCACAGAGUUUCCCUGCCAUUAAUUAUUAUGUGUGGUGGAUCACUUUGCCUUAAAGAGCUGUUAACCUUAAAAUAACUAACAUUGUUGAGUUUCAUGGGAUCAGUUCUAGAAUUCUGGAUGCAUGAAAUGAUUGAGCAUAUAAAAUGUUAAAACUGGAAUGUAAAUGGUCUAUCUGCAAUAUCUGUCCAUAAUCCAACUCUUCUGUAUAUCAUUAUGGGGAUUAGUAAUCUAAAGUUGUACCCAUGGAUGUGUUACAGGAAGAUGAGCUGGUCUCUGUGAUGCAGUUGCGCUAAACCUUGACCUAAACAGUAUGGCUCGGCGGGUGAGCACCAGACUCGUAUCAACACGUCACACCUGUUCUGGUCUCUCGUCUACAGCUUUGUUAUUUUUAGUGAUGUAGUGAAUGUAGACUUCACAAUUUUGAAUGUCCCCUGUUGUUUAAACACUGUAUCAAUAAAUGACUGAAUCUCUGUUUUAUACAUUUGAGAUGUUGAUGCCUACUUCUGUAUAAAUGAACAGACGACCAGACUGUGUCAGUUUCUAGAAGCACUGUGACGUUCAUGAAUGAGCAUGGAGGAUGUCAUCUCAUUAAAAAUGGUCGGAACAUG